GCCCCGCAAAAGACCUAUAAUACUUGUCAACAAGCAUAGAAAGAAUCAAAAUUUUCAUUCAUGUUUACUCUGGGUUACUUGUUGCUUUGUCUUCUGAUCAAAGUGGUGAACUGUGAUGAUGGCUUCACCUUCUAUGAAAUCCUGAAACUAGGUGAAGUAUCAGAGAUAUCACCUGAUGGUCUUUUAAAGCAUGCUAACCAAACAACUUGGGGUGUGGUUCCUGUUCUCUACUCAGUUCCCCUGAGCUUCAAGAAUUCCUCCAAAGGUAAUGCCUCAUCUUUCUCCACUGUGUUUGUAUUCAGCAUUGUUCCUGAAUUUCGAACCCCAAAUCGCGGAUUUGGACUAUCGUUUUCGAUUAUACCCUCAAAAGUGGUUCCUGGAAUUGUAACAUCCAAACUUUAUGGCUUGAUCAAUGAAACUCAGGACGGAGACCCAAAAAAUCAUGGCUUCGCCAUCGAAUUUGACACAUCCCAAGAGUUAGAUGUUGGAGAUAUCAAUGACAAUCAUGUUGGACUUAAUCUCAACAGCAUCAGAUCAACUAAUUCCACUCCUGC